AUUUGGUUAAAGUGGAUUUCAUUAACAGUCCAUGACUGUAAAAACAGACAAGUCUUUACUUUUUCCCCUCCAUAAAUUUCUUAAGAAAACUGUAAUCAUGUAAAUGGGCUUCUUGUUUUAGCAGGUGUAAUCCAGAACUCUGUGCCAGGUCAAAAUAAAACACAAAAACCAUUAAAGGGGUCAUGUGGCGUUGCUGAAAAGAACAUUAUUUUGUGUAUUUGGUGUAAUGCAAUGUGUUUACGUGGUUUAAGGUUCAAAAAACACAUUAUUUUCCACAUAAUUCCUUUGUGUGUGUGUGUGUGUGUGUGUGUGUGUGUGUGUGUAAACAUACUUGGUAUUAAAGCUCUUUCUGACUUCUGACAUUGAUGCUAAAUGACUUCUUAUUAACAGAGUCUCCUUCAUUGACUGUGGGUUCCAAUCGCAUUUGGGAACAGUGAAAUUGAAAGUUAUAUAAUUGUUGAAAUUAUUGUGGCUGUGUAGAUAUGUACAGUUUGAGUAUAGGGUUUCCAACACCGCACAAGGCUUAAUAAACAGUUUCCUGGUUCUGUGUUUGAGUGAUGUGGGGAAAACUGGCUUGUCUACAAGUCUGUUAAGUAGAUUUGUCAUUCCUGGAAAGCUACAUUCCUGCUGAGUUUAUUUUUGUGCUCCAAAUACCAGAAAUUCAAUUUCUUUACUUGAAAAAUACAUAUCUAAUAUCAGAUCUAAAGCCUUUUCUGUGCUUUUAGAAACAUGCCUCUGGAACAAAGAAAACAAAUAUUCUUAUUAAUUUUAUCAGUGAUGUUUAUUAGUAAUUUUAUACAUUUUAUGUACUAUGUGCAUUUUUAAUGUAGAAUUUUAAUCAUUGUGACAAAUGGCACUUUGAUGUACUGCAUAACAUGCUUAGCCAAAAGUCACAUGCGCAAUUAUGUGCACGAUGCAAACAAAGAAUGUUGUUUGGCCAGUCAGAUUUUCUGCCCUGUUUAAACUCGCACACCACCUCAUACUUGUGUAGACGGUAAAGUGAUAAUAAAGUGAGUUGAGCUGGACACACAUACUUGGAUCAGGAUGAAGGUUGUAGUUGUCCACAUCUGGCUUCUCACACUGCUCCUGAACCAAAGAAACAGUAACCUGGCUUCAGCUUUACCAUCAACUUUACCAUCAUUUCUAACAUCAUCUGCAUGGACCACACCAGACUCACAGAAUCUGGGACUAUCUUCAUCAUCCUCUUCAUCUUCACAAACCUCCGCACCAUCAUCAUCUUCACCAUCGCAGUUCUCUCCAACAUCUUCAUCAUCAAUAACCUCAUCAUCAGUUUGUAAUGCUUGCACUGAAAAUGAGGUCUGCCAAGAGAGACAUGGUGUCUAUGGCUGUGGUUGCUUGCAGGGACAAAGACCAAAUCCUGAAAACUUUGAUGCUGUGGAGUCUUGUGCCAGCAGCACUGGCUCCAUGUCUCUAUCCCGCUGCCAGCUCUUUGAGUCUGGUUUUCGUUCUGAGAACCUGCACCUAAAUGACCCAGGCUGCAGAGGGACCCUCGAGAAUGGCAGACUUGUGUUUCAUUUUGACAAUGAAGACCACAUAUGUGGUACCACUCUGAUGAGCAACAGCACUCACUUCAUCUACCAAAACUCAAUUCAGUGUACUCCGAGAAACACUGAGCAGAGCGUCAUUACGAGAGAGCGAUGGAUGAACAUUACAUUUUCUUGUGUGUACCCUCUGAUCCAGAACCUAUCUAUGAGCAGGUGUUAUCCAAGCUGA